AUGCGUCUUUCCUCGUCUGUUCUUUCUCCACUGGGAGCGACAGUCGUUGCAGCACAAAAUGCUACUGUCUCUUCCUCAAUGCCACAAGUCACUUUAGACUAUUGUACCGUUCAAGCUGCUGCUGCAAAUCUCUCAGCUGGUAUCUAUAAAUACCAGAACGUUCGAUUUGCUGCUCCUCAAUGGCCACCAGUUGAAACUGAGGUUAACGAUGGUACACUUGCCGCAUCAAAUGUUGCAUGCACAAGCGCUGAGGAUUGCUUGUUCAUGGAUAUUUAUGUACCAGCUAAUGCUACGGGAAAGAAGCUUCCUGUUUUGCAAUGGACUUACGGAGCUGGAGCGAACAAAUCCCAUACUACGCCCGAAGGUCUCUAUGAUCUCAGCAAAGACUUCAUCUUUGUCACCUACAACUACCGAGAUGGUAUUGUCGGUGUUGCUAACGGGCCAACCUUUACUCACGAAGGAGGCGCCACAAAUGCUGCCGUUCGUGAUACAGAACAAGCAUACAAGUGGACUCGCAAGUACAUCAGUGCUUUUGGAGGGGAUCCAGAUAAUAUUGUUGCUUUGGCUUUCUCUGCUGGUUCCUCGCAAACGCUUGAUCAGAUCACUCGUUAUGGAGGCAAUGCUGAGCAGCUCUUUGCUCGCGCUUACCUCACUUCCCCAGGUACAGUCCCUGGUUCUGGUCACCAGCAAGCCGAGGCUUUCUGGCAAAAUGUCUCGGCCACUGUUGGUUGUAGUGGUGGUGGUUUGGAUUGUAUGCGUGCGGUCAAUUACACAACUCUCAACACAGCUGUUACUGAGGUUAUAUCUUUGUAUUCAUACACACUACAACCACGAGUUGAUGGCGAUAUAAUCAGUGAUACAUACGAAGCAGAAUUUUACGCUGGUCACUACAAUUGGACCGGACCAUUAGUCAUCACCCACGAGCUUCACGAGAAGAACAGCGACGUUACAAGCGGUAUCAAUAGCACCGCUGAUGUUGCCGAUAAAAUACGCAUGUACUUUCCUGGGAUUACUGACACUGUCAUCAACCAAAUCCUCGCUCUCCAUCCCGAAAGUGAUUACGCUUCUCCUGGACUUCGCUUCUCAGACAUAGAGCAAAGCUUCGAAUUGACUUCGCAUAAUCUGGCUUUGACCAACGGUCUUCACAACCAAACUUGGAAUGCGAUGGUUGCAUUAGGUGAAGCUACUCAUGGUACUGAUCAGGAUUAUUACUGGUAUAGCACGUACGCUCUCUCUGGGGAUAUUCAGACUAGUCCAGUCAAUGCUACCACGGCGCGAAUCAUGCAAAAGUAUCUUUUGUCUUUCGCAUUAACUAGCAAUCCUAAUACCCUUUGGCCAAAUGACAAGAUGGAAUGGCCUUUAUAUAACACCAGUACCAACGGUGUGGAAAUUGUUUACAAUACAAGUAUGUACUUGCAAGCGGAUUCUUUAGCCAAAGCCAAAUCUCGAUUUUGGAAUAAGGCUUUGUGGUAUUAG